CCCCAGUUUUGAUUCGAAUCCGGUUCUCAGUCUUUCCCUUGUUUUUUUCACCCACAGCUGAGAGACGCCCCCAACCCCCUCGUAUAAAUUUCCUUGACUUCAGCUGGGUGGCAAGUUGCCUGGGAAAACCGUGGGUUUUGGGGGGAUCGCUCAACUAUCGCUAGGAUGGAUUUGGAAUUCCUGCAGACAGUUGACCCUCAGAUCCUCGUGGGCGUUGCAGUGGCUGUUGUCGCCAUUGCCAUUGGUGCUAUCUUCCUCUUCUCUUCCAGGAAACCUAGAGGUAUCUUAGACCCUGAGAACUUCAGGGACUUUAAACUCGUCAAGCGCACGCAGCUUAGCCAUAAUGUGGCCAAGUUCACGUUUGCACUGCCUACUCCAACUUCAGUUUUGGGCUUGCCUAUUGGUCAGCAUAUUAGUUGCAGGGGCAAGGAUAGUCAGGGAGAGGAAGUAAUUAAACCCUAUACUCCAACUACGCUUGACUCUGAUGUUGGAUCUUUUGAGUUAGUUAUUAAGAUGUAUCCACAAGGAAGAAUGUCCCACCAUUUCAGAGAGAUGCGUGUUGGCGAAAGUCUCGCUGUGAAAGGACCCAAGGGGCGUUUUAGAUACCAACCUGGCCAAGUUAGAGCUUUUGGAAUGCUUGCUGGUGGCUCUGGCAUUACACCAAUGUUCCAAGUUGCCAGAGCCAUACUGGAAAACCCGAAAGACCAGACGAAGGUCCAUCUUAUUUAUGCCAACGUAACACAUGAUGACAUUUUGUUAAAGGAAGAAUUGGAAGGUCUUGCUUCUCGAUACCCUGACAGCUUCAAGAUCUACUAUGUCUUGAAUCAGCCCCCAGAGGUUUGGAAUGGUGGUGUUGGUUUUGUUUCAAAGGAAAUGAUUCAAACCCAUUUGCCAGCUCCAGCAGCUGAUAUCCAGAUUCUUAGGUGUGGACCGCCACCGAUGAACAAGGCCAUGGCAGCACACCUUGAAGCGAUUGGCUAUACCCCCGAGAUGCAGUUUCAGUUCUGAUCUAAACAUGUUUAUUCGAGCUCGGGAGCAAUUUCAAUUGCGCACUUUGUUGUAGUUGGCUUGCACUUAGUCUGAAUGAUGAAACGAUCAUGCCCUUCUCUUAUCUGAGAACAAAUGAAAUGUGCCUGCCUGACUUUUCAUUGCUCAUUGUUGAUGUUGAAACUAACAAAGAGCUUGUUAGAAACUCUCUUGGGGCUGAUCUUUGGCACCCGUGAUUAUACGUAACAAGAGGGAUUUAGGGAUUGGGAUAAGAAAUUAGGGAUUUAGAU